AUGAUGUCCCAGCAUGCCGUGGAGCUCUGUACGCUCCUCAUCGAGGAUCACUUCGGAGAGCUGUUCGCACGCAUCUUCUCAACCUUACAACGCUAUGAACGGCUUUCUCUUCCUCGAUUAAAAUUUUAUUCUCGCCUUACUGAUCGCCAACUGCGCCAUGGCUUGACAGCCAUGAUUCAGCAUCAUCUCGUCUACUACUUCACCUCUCUCGAAGAUAACAAUACCUACUACGAAUCAAACCCUCAUGCCGCAUACUACCUCGUGCGCUCCGGGAAGAUUCUCAAUCUGGUCGAAGAUCGGCUUGGGGAAUAUGCGGCCCGAGUCAUGGAGGCAAUUCUAUUCCUCGGUCACGCCUCUGUCAGCCAUCUUGAAACUCUUCCCGAGCUUCAAUCCUUAACGCCCACAGUCCCGAAUGGGGUUGCAAACGACAACGAAGAACUACAGGAAGAUGAAAUGGAAGCCGAGGACCAACCCGGCAAGACCAACGGUGAUCAUGCGUCAGAAAGAAAACCCGCACCUUUCCAUGCCACCAUCAAAGCUCUUGCAUCUCAUGGAUACUUGAUGCGUGUUCGUGACGCCCACUUUCAGAGCCCCGGGGACAAUCUGCUCGAAGCACAACGCACAGUGUCUUCCCGUUCGGAUAUCAAGGCGCUGAAGGGAAAGAGGCAACAAGAGACGGUCGCGUCUGAGAUCCAGGAAUUGGUACAUAAUCGGACACAUGCCGAUCUUUCCCAGGAGCUCAUGGUGAAUGGUCUUCCUCGAGGGAUCAAAAGGAAGUUCGGACACAGUUCUAAUGGGUUAGAAAACGGAGUAAGCGAGCAUCAAAUGACGAAUGAGGAGAACCACUGGUCAGAAGAUGGAGACGGAUUCGAUAAUACCCCCAUGGAGUCCGGACUGGUCGUGCGGGUGAAUUAUGAAAAGUUGGAUGUGGCAUUACGAAACGCUAGGUUUGUCACCCUUGCUGAGCAGGAUGCACCUCCGGCGACCGCAGAGGUAUAUGACUGUCUCCUUCGACAUGUUGAGUACGCUACGCUUCGAUGCCGAGACACAGACGAGAUUCCACGUGAGCGUGAAGAAGGAGAGCAAUGGACUAUCCCCAUUGAUGCAGAAAGGAUUCUAGGGGAUAUCGACCCUUGUCUGGAUCUGUCCGGGGCGUUUGCCCCGUUAGAGUCAUCUUCACAAUCGGUAAAUCGAGGCGGGAAACGGCCCUUGGAGAAUGGGGUCAACGGGGAUCAUGAGGGUUCUGACGACGAGUCCAGUGGCCCAAAUCGAGUCUGGGAGAUUAACCAGCACCUUCAACUUCUUGCACAGCCACCUCACAACCUCACGUCUUGUGUUGAGUUGUAUGGUGUCCCCAAGUGGCGGAUUGGCUUCCGUGGCUUGGCUCGCAAGUUACGGCACCUGGAGCUGGAACGAAUGAUUGAAUCCAGAUAUGGUGACGUUGCCAUCCGUGUGAUCCGUGUGCUUCAUGCGAAGGGCAAACUAGAUGAGAAGCGACUACAAGAAAUCAGCUUGCUUCCAUUCAAGGAUCUGCGGCAAACCCUUGCUAGCAUGCAGUCUGGUGGGUUUGUGGAUUUGCAGGAGGUGCCCAAGGACGCACAGCGCCAACCUUCCAAGACCAUUUUCCUCUGGUACUAUGAUCCCGAUCGAGUCUGCAGCAGUAUUUUGGAGGACACAUACAAGGCCAUGUCGCGGACCCUGCAGCGCAUCAAAGUCGAGCGAGGUCGACUCAAGGAUUUCCUCGAGAAAACCGAGCGGAGCGAUGUUAAGGGCCACGAGGAGGAGUACCUCACCGAAGAGGAGUUGGAACUCUUGCAACGCUGGAAAGACAAGGAAGCUCUCUUACUUGCCGAAGUGGCUCGCUUGGAUGACAUGGUGGCGGUGUUCCGCGACUAUUGA